AUGGACUUUUUCAACAGCAGUGACUACAGACCCUUCCUCCUGACUGGUUUCCCUGGCCUGGAGGUUUCCCAUCCAGUGAUCUCCAUUUUGUUUUGUGCCCUGUACCUAAUUGCCCUUGUAGGUAAUAGUGUCAUUUUAGUAGUUAUCUGGGUGGAGCAGUCACUCCACACACCCAUGUACCUUUUUCUCUCCAUGCUGGCUGGGAGUGACCUAGGGCUCUGUGCUGCCACCCUGCCCACCCUGCUCCAACUUUUCUGGUUCAGUGUGCGUGAAAUAAACUUUGAUGCCUGCCUCAUCCAGAUGUUCUUCAUCCAUGUUUUCUCUCUUAUGGAAUCAGGCAUCCUGCUGACCAUGGCCUUUGACCGCUAUGUGGCAAUCUCCAACCCACUGAGAUACACUACUAUGUUGACUAAUGCCGCCAUUGCCAAGAUAGGUGUGGGGCUUUUGCUACGGGCUGUGGCUGUCGUCUUCCCAACAUCCUUUCUCAUUAAGCGACUGAAGUUUUGUAAGGCCAAUGUUCUCUCCCACUCAUACUGCCUGCACCCAGAUAUCAUCAAGCUUUCGUGUUCUGACCACCGCAUCAACAGCAUUUAUGGCCUCAUCAUCAUUCUCAUCACCUUUGGCAUGGACUCUGUGUUCAUCCUCCUUUCUUAUUUGAAGAUCCUGAUCACUGUGCUACACAUUGCCUCAUGGGAAGAGCAAUUCAAGGCCCUCAACACUUGUGUCUCCCACAUCUGUGCUGUGCUACUGGUCUAUGUCCCUAUGCUGGGGGUGUCCAUUAUUCAUCGGUUUGGGAAGCAUGUUCCACCUGUGGUGCACAUUAUCAUGGGCUAUGUAUACCUAUUAGUGCCUCCUGUUCUCAACCCUGUUGUAUACUGCAUUAAGACCCGGGAAAUACGUACCCGUAUUUUGAGUAAUCUACUGAAAUUGUAG